AUGUCCUCACAAUCAUCUGAAAUUCCAACAAUUAAAAUAAAAGAUAAUGAAAUGAAAGAUUUAUUAAAAUAUCUUUAUCAAAAUGAAUCAUUAUUAAAAGAAAAUGGUGCAAUGAAAUUAAUUCCAACAUCAAAUUUUAAAAAUCUAUUAAAAAAAACACCAAUAAAUAUUCCAUUAUGUUCAACAAUUCAACAAGUUAAACAAAUUGAUAAUGAGAAUUUAAUCUAUUCAAUAAAAACAAAUGAAAUUGAUGAAAAUAAAGAAAUUCCAAAAGAAGAUAUUUUAAUAAAUGAUGAAAUUUUUUGGUUAUUACUACCAAAUGGAUUUAGUACACAACAUAUCUCAAGUAUUUCUCAAAUUAAUUCACAAUCAUUAUUUUUAAAACGUGUUCAACGUGAUCAAUUUGAUUUUCAUCAAUUACCUUAUCAAUCACUUUUAAAAUUAUCUGGAAAAGAAUUUUGUAAUCAAUAUUCUUCAACAUUAAUAAAAGCACAUGGACCUGCUGCAAUAUUUCCUUUAUCUUCAAAUAAACAAAAUCUUUAUCAAUUAAAUUAUCAUCAUGAAGGUGGGAUUCGCUAUUGGUAUAUAAUUCCAUCAGAAGAAAGGAAGAAAUUUGAAGAUUUAUUUAAAGAAAAUAAUUCAUCAAGAUGUAUCGAACAUGAUCAAAUAUUAAUUGAUCCAUUAUUAUUUCAGAAAUAUGAAAUAAAAUAUAAAAGAGUAAUUCAAAAUUCAGGUGAAAUUCUUAUUUUAUCCGGAGGAAUUCUUUCACAAAGUUUUACACAAGACGAAAUUUUAUGUGAAUCAAUUCAUUUUGGUUUACCAUCUUAUUUUUCUGAUGAAUUUUAUAAAAAUUCAUAUUUAUGUCAUUGUAAAUUUGAAUCAAAUUCACAUAAGGAUAAAUCAAUUGAUUUCGAUUUGUAUAAUUAUGAAAAUAUUCAAAAAUAUAUUCAGAAAUAUCUUCAAGUCAAUACUCAACAAAAUGAAGAUUCUACAUUAGAUAAAGAUAGAUCAUUUCUUAUUAAUAUUAAUGAAGAAGAUUUCUUAAUGGAUACUUCGAGUACAUCAAUGACAUCUACACAAAUUCAUAAUGAAACUGAUUUUAAUGAAUUAUUUUCAUCAGAAGAUUUUUUCAAUGAUAUUUCUAUAAAUAAUAAUGAACCUGUAUCUUUAACUUCUGAACAAAUAUUAAAUAUUCUUGAUAUACCAUCAUCAUCAUCUAAUGAUCAAUCAAUAAAUAAACAAACUUAUUCAAAAACUAAUAAAUUAUCAAGAAUAACAAAUCAUAAUGAAUUUAUAAUAAAAAAAGCAACUAAUAAUCAAUAUGAAGUUGAUCUAAAGAAAAUCUUAUAUUUAUCAAAUUUAAAUAAACAAAUAACAAAAAAUCAUCUUCGAAAUUAUUUUAUUGGUUCAACAAAAAUUAUUUUCAAACAAAGUCAAUUACCACCACAUCUUAAUUAUGCAUUUAUAUUUCAUCAUACAAAUCUUCAAGCUGAAUAUAAUAGAAAACGAGCAAUUAGUUCUUCACGUUUUGGAUCAAAUUGUCAAAUAGAAUUUGUUAAAAAUCUCGAUGAACUUUCAAAUGAAAAUGAAUUGAAUGAAAAAUGGAAUAUUGUGGUUAAAAAAAUACCUGAAAACGUUACUGAAAAUGAUUUAAAAAAUUUAUUUUUUAAUUUCAAUCAAUUAAAAUAUAUUUCAGCAAGGAAUGUUCAAAAAUCAAAUACAAAUCAGAAAAUUUUACUUGGAUAUGCAUUUUUAUCUUUUACAAAUACUGAACAAGUUGAUCAAGUUAUGAACAAUUCGGAUAAAUAUCAAAUAAAUAAUCAACCAUUGAUCUUAUCUUAUUAUAGCAAAAUAGAAGCUAAUAAAUAA